AUGAAUUCUUUUAGGAGAUGGGGUGUCUCAGCUGACUGGUCCAAACCCUACCUCACCAUGGAUCCGUUGUAUGUUUCGGAGCAACUGCGGCUUUUUGCAAAAAUGGUCGAAAAGGGUUUAGUAUAUCGAGCCUUCAAACCUGUCUACUGGUCACCAAGCUCCCGUACUGCACUUGCUGAGUCUGAGUUGGAGUACAACGAGAAGCAC